AUGGCGGCGGCGGCGGCGGCGGCCCCGGGCCCGGGCCCGGCCGAGGCUCCCGCGGCCGCUCCGGAGCUCAAGAGCCGCUUCCGUACCCGUGAGGGCUCGUACCGCCUGCUGGGCCCCGCCACCGCCGCCGCCGCCGCCGCCGCCGCCUCCUCCGCCGGGCCCGCCCAGGCCGGGCCCGCCCCGCCGGGCCCCGGGACGCUGCCGCCGGUUCGGCUCUCGAUGGUUCGGCUGGCGCGGAGCCGGAGCCCUCCCGGAGGAGCCGCCGAGCGGAGCCGCGUGUGCUGCAACCUCGGCCGGGAGCUGCAUUUCUAUGGAGGGGCUGGAAGCGGGGGACGCGGCAGCCGCAGGUCCCUGGACCUGCAGCGCCCCAUUGACAAACGCGUCUACAAGGGCACCCAGCCCACGUGCCACGACUUCAACCAGUUCACGGCGGGCACCGAGACCCUGGCGCUGCUCGUGGGAUUCUCGGCCGGCCAGGUGCAGUACCUGGACCUGGCCAAGAAGGACAGCGCUGGCCGGCUCUUCAACGAGGAGCGCCUCAUCGACAAAUCCAAGGUCACCUUGGUCAAGUGGCUACCGGACACCGAGCGCCUGUUCCUGGCGUCCCACGCCAGCGGCCACCUGUACCUGUACGACUCGGAGCAACCCUGCGGGGCCACCAGCCCUCAGUACACGCUGGUCACGCAGGGCGAGGGCUUCAGGGUCUUCUCGUGCAAGAGCAAAACCCCCCGGAACCCUCUGCUCAAGUGGGCCGUGGGCUCGGGGCCACUGAACGAGUUCGCCUUCUCGCCGGACGGGCGCUCGCUGGCGUGCGUCAGCCAGGACGGGGUGCUCAGGGUGUUCCACUUCUCGUCCAUGCUGCUGCAGGGGAUGAUGAGGAGCUAUUUUGGGGGGCUCCUCUGCGUCUGCUGGAGCCCCGACGGCCGCUACGUGGUCACCGGAGGCGAGGACGACCUGGUCACCGUGUGGUCGUUCGCCGAGGGCCGCGUGGUUGCCCGCGGUCACGGCCACAAGUCGUGGGUCAACGCCGUGGCUUUCGAUCCUUUCACUCCUCCGCCUCCUCCUGCCGAGGCCGGCGGUGGGGACGGGCAGGGGGACACCCCCGAGGACCCCGCCACCCCCCCGAGUGUCACCUACCGCUUCGGCUCGGCCGGCCAGGACACGCAGUUCUGCCUGUGGGACCUCACCGAGGACGUGCUGGACCCUCGGCCGCCCCCUCCCCGAGCCCGCCCCACCCCCGGAGACCCCCCGCCCUCCAUCUCCAUCCCCGGGGGGCUGCCGCGAUCGCUGUCGCGCUCCAACAGCCUCCCCCAACCCGGCGGGGGUCCCCAAAUCUCUCCCCGAGUCCCCCCGCCAGCCCCGGGAUUGAGCGUGGGGCGUUUCGCCACUCUGACCCUGCGGGACCCCCGCGGGCCCCCCGAGAAGGAGCACAAACGUUACCACAGCCUGGGCAACAUCAGCCGCGGAGGGGGCAACAACGCGGAGAAGCCCCCCGGGGGUGGCACGGGGGGCUCUCGGGGGUCUCUGGACAUGGCCAAGGUGUUGGGCACGGCGCUGUGCCCGCGCCUGCACGAGGUGCCCCUGCUCGAGCCGCUGGUGUGCAAGAAAAUCGCGCAGGAGAGGCUGACGGUGCUGCUGUUCCUGGAGGAUUGCAUCGUGACAGCGUGCCAGGAGGGGCUCAUCUGCACCUGGCUUCCCGAGCUCCCGCUCCAGCGCCUCCCGCCCGCGCCGCUCCUUCGCCAGCGCCUCCCGGAGCUCCGGGACCGACACCGGCACCGGCUCCGGAACCGGGACAGCGACCGGGACCGGCACCGGCUCCGGGACAGCGACCGGGACCGCCGGGACCGCCGGGACCGCCGGCGCCACCUGCGGGAACCGCGUCUGACAGAGGAUCCCCGGGAUUCGGGAACCCCCGAACCGGGAACGGACCCCCGGGAUUCGGGGUCCCCUGAACCGGGAACGGACCCCCGGGAUUCCCGGGAUCCCCCCGAACCGGGCACGGACCCCCAGAAUUCCCGGGAAUCGGGAUCCCCCCGAACCGGGAACGGAUCCCCGGGAUUCCCGGGAAUCGGGAUCCCCCCGAACCGGGCACUGAACCUCGGGAUUCCCCCGAACCGG